AUUUGUGUUGUUGCAUUGGUUAUACUGAAGUUGAGACUGACAAGGGGACAGCUUGAGGCCAUUGCCUGGUCGAGUUUUCUGCUGUCGGUGUUGCCUUCACUGUUUGGGAGUUUUCUGACUGUGAAAAUGGUUCAUUGAUUAACACCGGACGGAACAAGGGAGGAGAGCAAGGACCAAGUGGCCGGGGCGACCUAGAAAACUAACUGGUGUCUGAACGAACAUUACCGAUAGGCAUGUGGGAAGCUCGGUAACGUUAACGUUAAUCAACAGGAUUGUAAGUUAAAGAAAACACAGAGGAAAAGCAACGAAGACCCCAGUCAACAACAAAUCAGCUGCCUCAGGAGGAAAACUACGACUGUCUAGACUGGGCACUAUUUAAUAGGUUAAUGUUAAGUAGCGGGUUAAAUAGCCAGAAUGAGGAAGUCGCGGCAUUACGGAUCUUGAUCAUUGCGGCUGUCUCACACAACAAUAGGCAGCAAGCUAACAGCAAAGGUAGCCAGCUAGCUAUCUUUACACUACGUCAUCGCCGUGUCUACCAGAGAAAGAAUUGGUGGCUAUGCUAGCUUAAUUGUAUUGAGACGGCGAUAGGGUUGUUGCAGUAUUAGCUUGCCAAGGCAGACUAUAGUGUUAGAGGUGUAUAGUCCACCGGUAAAUUGGGAAUAAUGAGAUUUGCAUUAAAUCAUCAGGUACACAGGGAUCAGCUGGCUCCUUAAAUCGUGUUUGCCUUGGAGACGGGAGGUGGUACGAGUCAGACCCUUGAGCAUCAACUUUAUUUCAGGGCCAGCGAAAAUAGCUAACAAUAUGAAUUAGCUAGCUAAGGCUAGAUUUAUUCCACUGGUUUUUAGUUGACAUUUGUGGCUUGUUAAGGGACCACGACCAGGCAUGUCCCUUUUAACGUUUCUGCUUCAGACAUUUGCCUAGGUUUGAUAGUCAGAUACACUGUAUCUUUUACAACAAAACACAGUGUGUUGUGAAACACCAGAAAACGGAGCCGAGUCUUGGCACGCGCCUAAUACAGCACAAGAAAGACUUCUUCACCGCUUGCGAAUAUCGGUUUAUCCCCCCCCUCCCCAUUCUAUAUCAUUUUAAUAACAAACAUUAUGGCAGCCGUCGUGAACUAUUCUCCUCCUUGGUGGGUUAAUUUGCUGCACCGAAUUCCUCACUUCAAUCUACAGUUUGAGCAAACUAGCAGCGAUUUUCGUCCCGAGGACUCCUCAUACCAACAGGCCAUCCUGCUGGUGGGAGGAGUGGCACUGGCAUGCCUGGCGCUGGACCUCAUCUUCCUGCUCUUCUACUCCUUCUGGCUCUGCUGCCGGCGCAAGAAGACCGAGGAGACGUCCAGCGCUGACUGCUGUUGCACCGCGUGGUGCGUUAUCAUUGCCACUCUCGUCUGCAGUGCUGGCAUAGCAGUUGGUUUCUACGGAAACGGUGAGACUUGUGAUGGGGUGAAUAGGCUGACGUACUCUCUGCGCCAUGCCAACCGCACCGUGUCGGGAGUGCGGAGACUGGUAUUUGACAGCACUGGGGCCCUGAACCAGACAGUGGAUGACAACCUGCAGCAGCUGGAGGAGCGCUACAGCAAGCACACAGACUACGUGGCCAUCGUGCAGAAGCUCCAGGGCCAGCUGGCUGAGCUGGUCAGGCAGAUGGGGGAGGUCCCCUUCUGGGCCAACCCCCGCAUCUCCCUGGAGGAGCUGGCUGUCAGCAUUGAGCUCUAUGAUUGGUACAGAUGGCUGGGCUACCUCAGCCUACUGCUCUUUGAUGUGCUCAUCUGUCUCCUGGUGCUCUUUGGCCUCAUCCGCAACUCCAAGAACACCCUGAUAGGAGCGUGUUUACUAGGCGUGUUGGCUCUGGUUAUCAGUUGGGCAUCCCUGGGCCUGGAGUUGGCUGUUUCUGCGGGUUCCAGUGACUUCUGUGCAUCCCCUGACACGUACGUCAUCGAUGUGUCUCAAAAAUAUGGCGUCAUCAACAAAGACAUCCUGCAGUACUACCUGAGCUGCAGCGUGGGCCGGACCAACCCCUUCCAGCAGAAGCUGUCUGGGAGCCAUAAAGCUCUCGUGGAGAUGCAGGAUGACGUGGCAGAGCUGCUGCGCUCUGCCAUUCGCGAGUACCCACAGACCAAGGGUAAUCUGGAGGAGAUCCAAGGAGUGCUGAACACCACUGAGGUUGGCCUGCAUCAGCUCACAGCUCUGGUGGACUGCCGAAGUCUACACAUGGACUACGUGCAGGCGGUGACAGGUGUGUGUUAUGACGGGCUGGAAGGUCUCAUCUACCUGGUGCUCUUCUCCUUCGUCACAGCGCUCAUGUUCAGCUCCAUCGUCUGCAGCGUGCCGCACACCUGGCAGGGCAAGAAGAAUGAGGAGGACAGUGAGGAUGAGUCUCUGGCCCACAGUGGCAGGCCGAACCAUGACAGCCUGUACCGCGUGCACAUGCCCAGCCUCUACAGCUGUGGGAGCUCCUACGGCAGCGAGACCAGCAUCCCUGCCGCCGCACACACCGUCAGCAACGCACCGGUCACAGAGUACAUGACUCAGAACGCAAACUUCCAGAACCCGCGGUGCGAGAACACCCCUCUCAUUGGCCGAGAGUCCCCGCCCCCCUCUUUGUAUUUGAUGGCCGGGGACAGUAGCAGCCGGCACAGCUGGCAGUUAAAGCCCUCGCAGAGCGCCCGGUCGUUCUGGUAAACCACAGCCGCUUUCCGACCAGUACACCUCCAGCAUGAGGGCCAAAUACCUUGCCAACAACCGACCAGACUCCACCCCAGACCGCAACUCCGCAGCGCCCUAAACCACACCUGGCAGGAACCACACCUGGCAGGAACCACACCGGGCAGGAACCACACCUGCAAGACCCCUUCAGCUCCUGGAACCCUGGAACCAAACAGACCC